AUGACGAUCAGUCAGCGGCAAGAGUGUAUGAAACAUGGCCUUUCCGAGCUGUAUUCGGAAAGCAUCACUGCCAAGCUUCUUCGUGCGGGUGUAGAACAGCUCCUGGAAAACAACCCGCCCACGCAGUAUCCGGAGACGGUACCACAGUCGGGGGUGGACAAGGGGCGCUACCAAGCUCGAGAGGUUGACUUCUGGACUUGUGGUUUCUUUCCUGGUUGCAUUUACUCCCUCGUUGAGCGGUCCAUCAAGUACCCGCAGUCGCUGGGAGUCGACAAUUCAAGAGUAUCCCUCAAUGUACUGCGCCAAAAGCUCACCGAGCUCGGCCAAACUUGGUCGCAGCCCAUCCGCCCACAAGCACUGAGGACGGACACACAUGACCUUGGGUUCGUUAUCAUGCCACACAUGCGCCCCAGGUGGGAGCUGUUUCACGAUGUCGAGGCACUUGACGUUAUCGUCAAGGCCGCAGAGAGCCUCCACUCACGGUAUGACCCUCGAGUCCAGGCCAUUCGAUCCUGGGAUACUUUUGACUGGCACGCCGACGUCAAUAUCACAUCCAUGGAGGAAAAUUUCAUUGUCAUCAUCGACUCCAUGUGCAACAUGGACCUCUUGUUCUACGCUGCGGCGCAGUCGGGCAAUCAAUCUCUGGCUGACGCGGCCGUGAAGCACUCGCGCACGCUGCUCCAGUCCCAUCUGCGAGUAGAAGAAUACACCCGCAACGGCUAUAGUGGGAAUUUGUACAGCACAGCUCACCUCGUCAAUUUCUCUCCGUUGACGGGGACGGUCAAAGAGGCGCGAACUGCCCAGGGCUAUAGUAAAGACUCAACUUGGUCCCGUGGGCAAGCCUGGGGAAUACUUGGCUAUGCUCAGGUCUACCGCUGGUCCGGGCAUAGCGAAUUUCUCGAUGCUGCUUGUGGUCUCGCUGAAUACUUCCUCUUUCGCAUGGAAGAAGCGCCCGACUGUGUGGAGGUUGAAUUGUCCGGAUUGCAAGGCCGACGCGUUGGGCGAUAUGUUCCGCUAUGGGAUUUUGACGCCCCAAUUGAAGAGCCCCAAGGACCUCUGCGCGAUGCAUCCGCCGCAGUUAUUGCCGCUGAUGGCAUGCUCAUUCUGUCACAGGCUUUGGCGGGAUGUGGCAAGCAUAGGUUAAGCGCCCGAUAUCUCGAAGCAGCGAUGGUAAUAGUACAGGAUGUACUAGACUUGUGUCUAUCUCGAGAGAAGGCGGGCCUGAGCGUAUCCGAGCAAGGUGAACUAACUGUCCACGAUCUUCUUCAUGGCGAGAGUUUUGAUUCUGUACUAAAGCACUCUACUGUGUGCAACAACGCGGCGUCGUUUAAAAGGAACAAGGCACAAGAUCAUGGGUUGGUGUACGCAGACUACUAUUUGCUAGACUUUGGGACACGUUUAUUGGAAAUGGGAAUCUGUUAUUAUUAG